AUGGCUUUCAGCUUCGUAAAUGCGGGACAGACGGCCGGGGGCGCCGUUCAAGGGCCCUCGGAUCCUAUUCAGACCGAAGCCCUCGGAUUCUUGUCAUUAUCUGGUGAUGCUAAGCUACGUUUAACGUCGCAAUGGUCUCCGCCCCCCGCCGAUAAUGCCUCCCUUCUUAGCAUCGCGUCGCGACAAGGCCUUGUUGCUGCCGCUGCUCCUGAUGGCGUCGUAUUAGCCACCACAGAAGCUGUUCGAAAGGCAUUUGCGAGCCCUAAAGAUGGCGACAACGACAUCCGAAAUUUCGAGCCUCCAUUAAAAUUAUCCUUGCCUACGCGAAUAUCUCAAUUGGCAUUUACCAGCGACGGAGCCUAUUUAAUAUUAUCGGCCGAGCAAGGUGGAGGUUUAGCAGUGUAUGAGACCCAAGCGAUACGGCAAGGCUCGACGCAAGUCGCUUUCGAGAUACCCACGAUUGGCGAGUCACUCAGGGCUCUGGCCCCAAACCCCAGUUUGGAGAUGAGUGAGCUAUGCGCCGUCGUAACGAGUGAAGGCAACCUUUUAAUGGCAAACAUGAAGGACCGUAACUUUAUAUCACGACCUACCGGACAGAUCUUGAGGAAUCAAGUUAGUUGCGUCGCCUGGAGUAAUAAGGGAAAGCAGUUGGUUGCUGGUCUUGGUGACGGUUUCAUACAGCAGAUGCUACCCAAUGGCGAUGUGAAAGCAAAUAUUCCCAGGCCACCGGAUUUGGAUGCAAAUUACUUUGUUUCGUCCUUGGUUUGGCUUGAGAACGAUCUUUUCCUAGCCUUCCACGUAUUUGCUUCGGGAGACACUCCCCGGACUAGAUGCCACAUAAUUACAAGACAAAAGGAGAACUUCCAAUUCCAAGAGCUCAGCGACCCCGUAGAGCCCUUUGGCACCAACCAAACCCCGCAUCACACGCUUGUGCGGCUGAAGGACUUCCCACCAAAUCUCUCAGACCUCAUCAUUUGCUCUUCCACAGCUAGAGAAGAUAUCGGUUUAAUUACGCGCUCGAAGACGCCGCUGGCCCCAGGUGCUCCAUCGAAUGUGUUCACUACUACUGAGUUGGCCGAUGACUCUAAACGUGCCACUUUACCGAUGGGUGACGGAAUGGAGACGCCACCAGUAAUCGGCACAGCCCUUGAUCUGUCCAGUCGAGAGAGUGUUUACAAACCUAUACCUACCGACGAGUUAGAUCAGUCGCCCGGCCCAUUACCAGGUUAUUGGGCUCUGAACGCCGAAGGUGUACUCUCUGUCUGGUGGGUUGUAUAUUCUGAAUCUAUUAGGGGGGGGACUACGUACCCUGGGCUUGUAGCCGUACAGGGCAACGCGACAAGCUCUACCGAAACGACGACUCCGAAACCCGCCCAACCAAACCCAUUUGCUACCUCAAACUCGUCUGCUUUUGGAGCCCUACCAACGACGGCGGGGGCGGCAUUUGGUAGCGCCUCGGCCUUGGGCCAGAAGAGUUCGCCUUGGGGAGCUCAGCCUUCCUCAAGCGAUGCCAGUAAGCCUUCAUUUGGAUCGAGUAGUUUUGGCACCGGUGCUGCUUCCACGGCACCGAAAUUUGGUCAAAGCUCCUUUGGCACAUCAAAUUUUGGCACCGGUACUGCGCCAGCGUUUGGGCAAUCGAGUGGACUCGGUGCAAGGGCUUCACCUUGGGCUUCAGGAUCUGUCGCAUCUAGCACGCCUAGUUUCGGCCAAGCAGGCUUCACUAGCAAUGCUAACAAUAUCGGCAGUGCGGGAUCGUUCGCGAAUUCAAACUCCAACCCUACCAAUUCAAGUGGUGGGUUUGCCAGUUUCGCGAACAAGGGAGGCUUUACCUCUUUUGGGGCGAAUAAUACUCCUAGUGGAUCGAGUAUAUUCGCAUCCACAAAGUCGGACGCCCCCGAUGUUUCCAUGGAUACAGACACUACCUCCAUAUUCCGAGCUCCGAGUUCCAAGCCAAGCACAGGGGAUGGGAGUGUUUUUGGGUCACAACCGUUUAAAUUAACGUCUAGUUUCCAACGUGAUCCAAAUGCGGGAGAUAACGAUACUGACGAAAAGACCCCUAAGACGGAGAAGUCAUUGUUUGGCUCGAAUUUUGCAGCUACAAUAGAUGAAUCGGCAAAGCCUGCCGCUGCGAACCCAUUCGCAGCUGGGUCACAAAGUUCUUUUGGGAAGCCAGCGCCAUCUACGAACGUGGAGUCAACUACACCGACGUCAACGCCCGCGCCAUCUAAAUUUAUGUCGCCCACAUCGUCAGCGUCGCCAGGCAAGGGGAUCUUCGAAUUCCAACCGAAAACUCCUAGCGGCCUUAGCAGCGUUUUUGGAUCUUCUGUCUCUCAGACGCCAGCAUCUGAAACUCGAGUAAAAGAGGAGCCAAAAACUCCUAAGCCUCUUCAAGGUAUUAUAGACGCACCUCUUCCUCCAGAGUCUACUAGCAAAGAUACUUACUCAUUAGGCGACUCCUCGACAUCUUCUGCCAUUUCAGAAGUUAAGGACACGGCUUCCAGGGCGGAAGAUGUACCUCUGCCGCCCGAUUUUGCAGAUUCAACCCCCAAACCAACUGACCAUGAGACCUCACGCAAAAUAUCACCCCCCCCUACUGACAAUGUACCUCUGCCACCUGACCCUGUCUUCAAUAAGAAGGCAUACAACACUCUGCCUCCACUGCCCGGGACUGCUGCUCAGGUCAAACCCAUUGAUGACUCGCCCCUACCACCGGAUUCUAUAAAUCAACCGAAAGCCUAUCAAACUAAGUUACCUGCACUUCCCAUUGCUAAGCCACCAUCCGAGGUCGUUGGUCCUGGAUUCAAGUUCCCCUCAAAUCCUCCCCCUGUUCCGUCAGAUAGUGAGGAUGAUGACCUGUCUGAGGAAGAGGAGGAGGAGGAAGGUACCGAGGCCGUUAGCGAAGGUAGCGGCGUUGACGUUGCUAAAGAUCUCAGCCCUUCCAGUGCAAGUAUCAGUAAGACCCCGGGAUUUACACCCCAAAGUUCAUUUGAUGGCCUAGCAGGAAGCUUUUCAACCAUAUCUCGUCCAGAUCAGGACCGACGCAGCCUUUUCGGCGAAUUGAGCCGAAAUGCUCCUAUUUUCCCCCAACCAAAUCCCGUUAGUCCUCGCUCACCAAGUCCAGUGCGAGGCUCGGUACCGGCAAGAAUGCUUGGCAGAGAUCAAUCGCGAUCAUUUAGUGCACCUGGUAUGGCGUCUCAAGCUCUUAGUGCACCUAGACGACAGCAGUCUCAGCUCGCCCCCUCGGUCGCCAAUUCCGCCUACCUCGAAGAUAUGAUCGAGAAGCAGCGGAAAGCGAAGGCGAAAAAGGAAGCCGAGGAAAAGCAGUUACUCCUCGACGAAGAGGAUGAUGCUGUCCAAAACCUGCUGAAAGCAGAGCUGGAGCCGACUUUGGAGCUCGACGAAUUCAUCGCCCACUCAGGUGCAGUUCCACCGGCGGGUGAUAGUGUACCUGCACAGGUUGAGGCUGUUUACCGAGAUAUCAACUCAAUGAUUGAUACUCUUGGUCUGAAUGCGCGGUCCCUCGCGAGCUUCAUUAAGGGACAUAAGGAGAUCUAUAUAAAAGAAUAUACGAGGCAGGACUUGGCUACUCCCGAUAACUGGACACUGAUCGGGCUUGAGAGGUUAGCUCAGAUCAUUGACGAUGACUUGACCAAUUCCCUCGAAGAAGCAAGAGUGAGAGAUGUGGCAGGCAAAGUCGCAGAAUGCGAAGAUAUCCAGCGUGAACUUGCUCGCGAUCGUAAUAAGCAGGCAGAUCUCAAGAAAAUCAUCAGUUCAUAUGUUGAUCCGGAACAGACUAUCGCAAAUCGAGGUCUCCCCCUCAGUGCCGAACAGGCAGCGCAGCAGAGCGAUUUACGACGAGAAUACGCAAAGUUUACAAAGCUAUUAACAGAAGCGGAGGAAAACUUAACGCUACUUAAGGCUAGGAUCGUCUCUGCGAAUAGCGCUAAUGGAAAGGGCGGUCCAACACCGACUAUCGAAGCGGUUGUGCGCACCAUUACCAAACUGACCACCAUGGUCGAGAAACGCAGCGGCGAUAUCGAUGUCCUCGAGAACCAGAUGCGAAAGCUGGUGGUUAACCCGUACGGCCCAGGCAGUCGCGAGGGUUCACCUUUCGCCACACCAAACACCAAGAGGCUAUCUACGUCAGUAUUCUCUCCAGAGCGCUCAAUGCGGGAGAGCACGCCACAGCGUAGCAGCAUAUUGCGUCACUCGGUAUCAGGAAGUAUCGGCGGAGGCGUGUUGAACACUCCGCCGCGCAAGAAGCUAAGCGGCUUUGGAGAUGCGGAGAAGAAGGCCGUGAAAGAGAAGCGAGAGCGCAGGGCGGCCGUGCUCGGAAAACUUCGAGGUAGCCUCCAGAAAAAGGGCGUAGGUGUUUGGGCCGUCGACGACAUUGAAUAGGAACCGAGCAUCAAGAGGUGGCUCUAGUUACGAUCAUUGAUGAGGGUAUGUUAUGAGAUCGAACCUUUGUAUGUUCUAGUUUGUAGGGAGCAGUGACAUUGGACACGAUAAUGUUUUACUACAAGAAUAUACGUUGCCAAGAUAAAUAUAAUGCGGCGACUUAACUUAAAGACUUAGCCCCUUUCUUGGACCCCGUCAUAAGGUCAGGUUAAUUAAGCGUAUGCUAAUCAACAAGUAGUAU